UGUACCUUAAAAACAGAAAAAGAUGAAGUAGCUGAGCGUCAACUGUCAUCGGUGUUCCCGAAUCACUUGUCAUUUGCUAGUUCCUUGUCUGGUUUGACUUCAUUCGUGGUUCGGGAAAUCGCAAGCCCUCACAGUUCUCACAUCUUUUCUUCCUCUAAUAAACGCUUUGUUUACUAUUUGGGAAGGAAUUCAAGUGAGAGACACCAACAUAAUUCUGAAAUUUCGGCUGAAACCCAGGGUUAAAAUUGGAAAUGAUGGGAGGUCAGUCCAGCAAGAUGAAUAGUAAUGAUGUCCCAUCCCCUAUCAAAAUGGGUACCCAUUCUCUGUAUGCGGCUGAUUUAAGCUCUUAUGAAGCAGCAUGUGUUGAAGAUCCAAACUUGCAAUCCUUUGAUGCUGCCAUUCAGGAGCGCACCAACAGGGUGAUAAAUUCCCUUGCUAGUGGGAUUGAGGUUCGUUCCAUAUCUAUUGAGUCACUGAGAGAAGUGACUGGCAGUUUGCUUGAAAUGAACCAGGAAGUUGUCAAGGUCAUUCUAGAGUGCAAGCAAGAUAUAUCCAACAAGAAGGACCGUGAGUUAUUCUCCUUGGUGGAGGAUUUUUUUGAGAAUAGUCUCCAGACAUUGGACUUCUGUAAUGCUCUUGAGAAAUGCUUGAAACGAGCACGUGAAAAACAGGUUAUAGUUAAGUCUGCAAUUACCUAUUUUGAGGAAGAGGUGCAAAAUGGGGUUGAUGGAUCGACUUAUUUGAAGACAUUGCAAGAGCUUAAGAAUUUCAAGGAAGCUGGGGACCCCUUUACGGAAGAGUUUUAUUUGUUGUUUCAAUCAGUUUAUGCACAACAAACUUCAAUGCUGAAGAAAUUGCAAAUCAGAAAGCAAAAGCUUGAUAAGAAAUUGAAAUCCCUCAAGACAUUGAAGAGGGUGUCAAAUGUCAUUUUCUUGGCUGCUUUUGUCUCUGUGUUGAUUUUCUCUGUGGUUGCAGCUGCAAUUGCUGCACCACCUGUUGUAACAGCUUUGGCUGGUGCAUUGGCUGUUCCAAUAGGCUCGGUGGGAAAAUGGUGUAACUCUCUUUUUAUGGGAUAUGAGACAGCUCUAAAGGGCCAAAGAGAAGUAAUCAGUUCAAUGCAGGUUGGUACUUACAUUACAUUGGCCGACUUGCAAAACAUUCGGGUGCGUAUCAACAAAUUGGAAAUAGAGAUUGAAUCCAUGUUGCAGAAUGCUGAUUUUGCUCAUAGAAAUGAGGAUGCUGUUAGGCUUGCAAUCGAUGAGAUUAAGAAGAAAAUAGAAACUUUUUCGGAUAUCAUUGAGAAUUUGAGUGAGCAGGCUGAUAAGUGUAGUCGACAGAUAAGGAGAGCAAGGACAGUGGUUAUACAAAAGAUUAUUAAAUACACUGGUUGAUAGCCCUUUCGCAUGUUCUAUGGAUCGCUUUCUCUAGCUGGCAUCUUCGUUUGCUCCUACUAUAAGUUGCUGAUCAAACACCCAGCUUAUAACUGCACUGCAAUAAGAUGCUUUAUGAUUUAUUAACUUGUGUAUAACAUUUCUUAACUUCCUAUAUUCACACCUUUGGAUUAUUCAUAAUU